CUCCCUAUUUACAGGAAAUCACAAGGAAAAGAUGAAGAGGAUGGCUACAAAUUACUCCUGAGGAGAUUAUGGUUUGACACAAGAGGACAAUUUUUCACAGUGAGAAUAUAAUCUCCUCAGGGAACUAAGUGGUAGAUUCCCCAAGGUUGGAUACUUGUAAGAUUUGCCUGAAGAGGGUGCUGGGCCAUGUUGUCAAGACAAUGCUUUUGCCAAGAAAGGUGGGAUCAGGUGAUCCUUGGUAUUCUUUCCAACCUGGAAUUCCACGAUUUUAUAAAAAUGAGGCUUUGUCCUUAGUUUUUCAUACCUGUGGCCCCAUUUUUCAAAAGGAAAGCUGGUUACCUUAUUGCUAUUGGGAGGGCUGAGCCUUAUGUCCCUCUCCUUCAUUCUCAUUUCACACAUUUUACUGACUCUAAUUUCCUAUUCUGUUUUUUCAUUCUGACCUUGUGAUGUUUUGUAGCUCCACCCACACAGUGAUGCCCUUUUGUUUAAAAUGACAAGUGUUACUUUGCAGCAGUUGUUGUAAAAGCCCAUCUGAGCCUGAAGGCAGCCAAAUAAGUCUGUAUGAUUAAAUGUUCUACCAAGCACGGCCAACAGAAAAUUUUCCUAUUCUCAGACUUCCACUUUCCCUCAGUACUCUUCCCAUUCAGACACUUGCACUCUUUUUAUCUCUCCCAUGGGAUGAAAUUCUCCUGGGAUGUGGAGUUUGGGCUUUAUAUUUUUCCUGAGGUUGCUUGGCAAAGAUGUGGAGAUAAAUUAUUCCAGUGUAGAGUAUAACUGCCAAGUUAGGAUGCACACUUGAGAGGCAGAAGAUCAAAGUUCACAUCUGUGAAAAUGUAUCAGGAGGUGAGCCAUAAUCUUUGAAAGCUGAGGCAAGUCUUUAUGGAAGCAGUGAUGUAACUCUACAAAACAGAACAUGACUGAAUCCCCAUCAGCUGGUCUCCUCUACUUUGCCUGGAGUUAAGCAAGGAAAAUCUAAGAAAGUAUGAAGUGCCAGCUUUUCUAUGCUAUUUUCUGUGGGUUACUUUAGGUCAUAGAAUAAUAAUAAUAAUCAUGCAAUGGGUUUUGAUGGAACCUUCAAAAACUAUGUAGUUCCAGUUCCCCUGCCAUGGGACAUCUUCUGCUAGACAAAGUUGUUUAAAGUUCCAUCCAACCUGGCCUUUAACACUUUCAGGGCUGGGGCAUCCACAGCUUCUCUGGGCAUCCUGUUCCAGUGCCUCACCACCCUCAUCAUAAAGUGUCUUCCUUAUGUCCAGUCUAAACCUGUGCCCCUCUCUAAACUGGGCUUUUGCCCAGGCUCCCAGCUGGGAGCUGGGGAACCCAGUGGGUCACCCUAUACUUACCUGAGACAGUUAUUAGCUGCUGUAGUUAUCUUCACCUUCUCUUCACUUUCCACUCCCUUUCCUCCCCUGUACCUGUGCGUUUGCAGGAUGAGGCUUGUCCUCCUGAUUUCCAGGGGCCAGGCAGCCCAGGGAAGCUGAGCUCUCUGGCUGGGCAGAGGCAGGGAGCAAGGCAUGGAGAGGAGGGGUCAUUUUAAAGAGCACCCGAGCACAGGCUCCAGUCUCUCUUGCUCAUUGUGACAGCGAAGUGCCUCACUAAAAACCAGUGAGCUGGGACUUAAGUGGCCUCUGAUCUUUCUCACUCUUUUUUUCCCCACAAUUUCUCUCUUUUUGUGUUUGCAUUUUCCAAGGAAGAGGCAUUUUCACGGACAGCUCUGGGACAGUAUCUUUCUGAGGAGGCAAGUGCUUGGCUGUAAUAUUUCAUUGCAGUCAUGGCCCCUAAGAAGAAGAAUGUGAAAAAGAACAAAGCAGAUAUCAAUGAAACAACUAUCAUUGUGGAAGAUGGCCCCCUCAGUAAACUAAAUGGCUUGAAUGGACUCUUGGAAGGAGGAAAUGGUCUCAACUGCAUCUCAUCUGAGGUUUCUGACCCAUCAUACUGCCCAAACCUCUUGGAAGGUCUAAGCAAAAUGAGACUAGAAAAUUUCCUUUGUGACUUGACUAUCAGUACCAAAACCAAAUCAUUCAAUGUUCAUAAGGUAGUGAUGGCUUCAAGCAGUGAAUACUUCCACAACAUCUUAAAGAAAGACCCAUCCACUCAAAGAGUGGACCUCAAUGAUGUGUCCCCAGUGGGUCUAGCUACUGUUAUCACCUAUGCUUACACUGGAAAACUUACUCUCUCACUUUACACAAUAGGUAGCAUUAUUUCCACAGCAAUUUAUCUACAGAUUCACACCCUUACAAAGAUGUGCUGUGAUUUUCUAGUCCAAGAAAUCAGUGUUGAGAACUGUAUGUACAUUGCUAAUAUUGCAGAAACAUAUGGACUAAAAACAACAAAGGAAGCAGCACACAAAUUUAUUAAAGACAACUUCAUUGAAUUUUCAGAAACUGAUCAGUUCCUAAAACUUACUUUUGAUCAGAUUAAUGAACUUCUUGCAGAUGAUGACUUACAGUUGCCCUCUGAAAUUGUUGCAUUCCAGAUUGCAAUAAAAUGGCUGGAAUUUGACCAAAAAAGAGUAAAGUUUGCUGCCAAUCUCUUAAGUAACAUCCGUUUCGGUACCAUCUCAGCCCAAGACCUUGUCAAUUAUGUUCAAACUGUGCCAAGAAUGAUGCAAGAUGCAGACUGCCAUAAGCUCCUAGUGGAUGCCAUGAACUAUCACUUGCUUCCCUAUCAUCAGAAUACACUUCAGUCCAGAAGAACAAGGAUACGUGGAGGUUUCAGAGUCUUAGUUACUGUUGGGGGACGCCCUGCUUUAACAGAAAAGUCUCUUAGCAGAGAUGUCUUAUUCAGAGAUCCUGAAAAUGGAUGGAAGAAGCUAAGUGAAAUGCCUGCUAAAAGUUUUAAUCAGUGUGUCACAGUGAUGGAUGGAUUUCUCUAUGUAGCUGGUGGGGAAGACCAGAAUGAUGCCAGGAACCAAGCCAAGCAUGCGGUCAGCAAUUUCUGCAGAUACGACCCUCGUUUCAACAGCUGGAUUCACUUGGCGAACAUGAAUCAGCGGCGUACCCACUUCAGCCUGAACGUGUUCAAUGGGCUCCUCUUCGCAGUGGGUGGCCGCAACUCCGAGGGCUGCCUCUCCUCUGUCGAGUGCUACGUGCCUGCCACUAACCAGUGGCAGAUGAAGGCCCCGCUGGAGGUGCCCCGGUGCUGCCAUGCCAGCGCAGUGGUGGAUGGCCAGAUCCUGGUCACGGGAGGUUACAUCAAUAACGCUUACUCUCGCUCGGUGUGCAUGUAUGACCCCAGCAAGGAUAGCUGGCAGGAUAAGGCCAGCCUCAGCACCCCCAGGGGCUGGCACUGCGCAGUGUCCCUUCUGGAGAGGGUCUAUGUCAUGGGUGGGUCUCAGCUAGGGGGGAGAGCAGAGAGGGUCGAUGUUCUGCCUGUGGAGCGUUACAGCCCAUACACGGGGCAGUGGAAUUACGUGGCACCACUUCAAACCGGAGUUAGCACGGCCGGCGCCUCCACCCUUAACGGGAAAAUUUACCUAGUGGGUGGCUGGAAUGAAAUAGAGAAAAAGUACAAGAAAUGCAUUCAGUGCUAUAACCCAGAUCUCAAUGAAUGGACAGAGGAAGAUGAGCUGCCUGAGGCCACCGUGGGCGUAUCUUGUUGUACUAUAUCCAUGCCCAACACCAAGACGAGAGAGUCCAGGGCCAGCUCAGUCUCUUCUGUGCCAGUCAGUAUCUAAAGACAGGUCUAACCAGCAAUAAGUAAAAAUGUUUACCAGCACAGCAAUAUAAUUAACCCUUUAAGUAGAAUUUUUAUGCUUAUAUGGAAAAAAAAAAAAUCAUUGGCUUUGCAAAUGUGCUUUUUAAUAGUGCAAACUGGCCAGUUUUCCUGAACUUUAGUACAGGUGGCAUGAAACAGCACAUUAGGGAUAAAAUCAAUUUUCUUAGCAGGAAAAGUGAGUUAACCCAUAACCAUGGAAUUUCAUUCUCUUCCUGACUUUGCCACUGACUUACUAUACUGUCUGUGGCAAAUAAUUUAAUUUCUUUAUGCCUUGGCUUCCUUACUUGUAAAAUUGAGAUAAACUUGCUUCAGAAGCUUGUUAUGAGGCUUUUUGAUACUAAGUUUUAAACACUUUAAAAACCCAAAAUGAAAGUCAAAUAUGACUAGCAAUAAAUCUCAAUAUAGAUCAGAAAUGUGCCAUGUCAUCAUAAAAUUGAUCAGUUUUGUUCAUUUCUAAGCGUUUUCUAUUUUCACAAACAGAAGGAGAAAAAAGGCAAACCAAAAAUACCACGCAUAGCAUGUGCAUACUUUCCUUUUGGGGCAGUGGUAUUCAGAAAAACUUCUCAAAGCAUUUUUUCCUUCAGUAGGUAGAAAGAGUUCUUAAUCUUCUGCCAUGAAACUGUUUAAUUCUUAUAUCAAAUUCUGUGACAUGGCUUUCAAGAUCAGAAUCCACAAAAUACUUUAGCUCCCAUAAGUCCCAAGGGGCUACUUAGGGUGCCAGAUGGCUUUCCUUACCUCUGUGUGCACCAAGGAACAUCAACUCAUCCUCCUCCUCAUGCCAGGGAGACACCCCUCUCAUUCCAGGGGGAAAAACCUGGAAGCUGAGUUCAUGCCAGGACAGACCAAGGGCUAAUGGCAUCUCAACAUGGGGAAGAUGCACAGAGCAAACCCCCUCACAUUACUCCAGCAAAUAACCAGUGGAGUGUGGAACAGAGAUGGAAUAAAGAUUUCAGGGUCUGUCCUUCAGAAUUUGUGUGGAAAACAGAGAAUCGUGGGGAAACUCCCUUAGCAGAAACAAAGAGAUACCUUAACACCUUUCUUGCCAGGUGUAGACACAGCAACACCCAAAGUAACCGUCUCCUGGGCAUACCAUUAUGCAUCUCCUUCUGGAGCCUUCAUUGCAGCCUUUUUUAUGGAGAUUUCAUUCAUAUUAUUCCAAAGGCUGGGCUAACGCUCUUUGUGUUGAAGUUUUCCCAGUGAAUAGAGUAGAGUCUUCACUCAACUUAGUUUACCUUCCAGGAACUUCUCUUCCUGAUUUCAGCAUGAAGUAGGGGAAUUAAGCAUGAAACCUAAUCCUAUUCCCAUAGCCAAAGGGAUAUGCAGGCCAUCAUGUCCCAUGAGGAUUUGAAAACAAAGGACUGCUGUCAGCACAAAAUGUCUACAUCAGCACAAAAUGUCUACAUCCUUCUUUUGGGGAGGAAAGAGGGAAUACAAUGAAUUAAAAUUAUUUAAUAUAACCAGAAGGGCACUCACCUUAACCAAUUCAUGAAGGCAUCACAUUCAGUUUCCUCAGAUUAGCAUUGACACCUCCAGGCUUCAGUGCCAAUGAAAAGUCAUGCUCUUAGCAACUCUUAUGAGGCAGACAAAUUUUUUAUCUCAUUUGCAAAAAGGGAACACUAUAAAAUUGUCUGUCAGUGCAGAUGUUGUUAGGACAAGCAUUUUCCUGACCCAAGCUCUUUGUAGCUUUGUUAAAGCUGCAUAUUGAGGAUCAGCAUGAGCGUGACAUGGUAUUAGAGAUGAAGUAAUUCACUCUGUCGGUUGGGAUUAAACUCCAUGGUACUCAGUCCUGUUUUCCAGUUCCAACUUAGAAUUCGUAUUUGGAUCCUGACUGCACAAUUUUAAAUUUCAGAUUGUAUUUUUGAGUGCUGCAUGUUAUUAGAAUAUACUGCCACCAAUGAUUUGUGGUCAGAGUAGCACUGUCAUAUGAUUUUGAUUCAUUUAAUUGGCAUAUAGUUGUCCUCUACUCUGUGCAAUUCAAAUAAUAACAAAUGCAGAAGAGAGUAACAGAGUAACAUUACUUUGUUUUAAGUAUGAAAAUUCUGUCCUUGCCCAUUCUAGUCCCCAAAAGCUUUUCCUGGAGGAGAGAAGAAAUUUCUCUUUUCCCAAGUCAUGACCAUGUGUUGCAUAUGAAUGCAUUUAGGAAGCUCUUUAGAAAUAACCAUCUGUUCCAAUUUUUUUUGGUAUUAUUUUUUAUCCAUCCAGUCCAAUGAAGACACCUGUACACAUUCAAUUAUAACUGUAUACAUGGUGUAGUUACUUAGUUUUUAUAAGAUAUCCAUAAAGAUGCAUUUAUGAAUGUAAAAAACUAUUAUGGCCUCAAACAGACAUUGGAUGGAGUUGUCAUAUGCAGUGAAUUUUUUGCAUCUCUUUUCCCCCUUAAGAAUUCAGUUUCCAAAAUGCCAUGAAUAGUCAGCAUGAAUUGCUGCAUGCUUUCCUGUUUAUGAGCUAGCACUUCAUGUACAUCAACAACCAUCUUGUUUUUGAGUGGUAAAUUAUUUAUGAAUGAUGGGCUAAGUGCAAUGAAAUUUCUCUCUUACUACUUAAAGGGUUAAAAACUUUGGGGGCCAAAUCCUUUUCAUCUUACUCACAAAAAAGGUUCCAUUGACUUCAGUGGGACUACUGAAUAAGAUGUACAGGAUUUUGAACUCUUGGCCAAAUUCUGGCAGCACAGUAGAUAAAACUGCCAUACCCAGAAGGAAGACUGUUCCUCUGCCUCCAGUGCCCUUGGUCAUGAUAAAUCCAUGAAGACAUAUCCUAGGACAGGAGCCAAAUACCACUGGCCAUGUGUUCCUUCUGUGGCAUGAGUUAGAUACAUACUUCAGGCCAAAAAUCUUAGGUAGAUUAACAAAUGGUAUUGUUACCAAUAUAACACUACAGGUUUGCUUUACAUUUUUUUCUCUAAACAUCUGUUUAGGCUUCAACUGCACAUUGAGCCAGGAUUUGGCCCUUAAUAUGUGACACUAUUAGCUGGACUUAAUAUUAUGUUGAAUCAUACUAUGUACUCAGCUGUUUGUGACAUUUUUAUGUAUGACCUUCUUUUGUUAGAACUGUGAAAAUUAUUUGUAUGUUCUGUUUUAUGGGAUGUGUUCUUUCAUUGUCUGGUGCCAUAUAUUUGAUCUCUAGAUGUUUAAUAAUGACAUCUCAGUUGAACUUGAAACACUGUAUAUACCAAAAAGAAGUUGUUAAGUACAAGGAAGUACUGUAUACAGUAAUAUUAAGUAGAGCAGAGGACUUCCAAUGUAUGAGAUGCAGACUGUUAAAGCACUACAGGGAUCUUCUUUAAUGCUAUACUAGUAGUAGGGAAAAAAACAAAAAAAAACAAAUUAGUAUAAGCUGUUAUCCUCAAAAUUCUGUAUAAAAUGCCCAUGCAUUUUAUAGUUGACACCUGUGCUUCAUAUUCAGAUCUGAAAAAUAAGCUUUCUUCAGUCUGUGACAGAAGCAGUUUGCAAGGGUUUGUUUUCUUGUUUAUUCCUGACUGUUUGGGUGCAUGAGAGAGUGUGUUAGAGAUUGUGAGGAAGGAACUUACUGUUGGA